AUGACAGGGAAAGUGGUAAAGAAGGAACGGGGCACAAAUGAAACUCAGCGAGAACUCAUGCAAUAAUCUUUCAGGAUGUCGUCAUCACGGUGCCCAUCUUCCUCAACCAAGCCGAACGACGUGCGAUUGCUUCCGCAGCCGAAAUCGCCGGACUCAACCUACUGCAGGUCAGUCCUAAUCCUUCUCAAAGCGCUAUACGAACUCCAAGUGUACUUUUUCAGUUGCUCAACGACGGAUCAGCCGCUGCUUUGAAUUAUGGUGUCUUCAGACGGAAGGAAAUCACAGAGAAGCCCAUGCACAUGCUGAUCUAUGACAUGGGAGCCGUUAAAGUGAGUAACAUUGGAUAAAUCGAACCGAAAUGGAAAGGGAAAUAAAGAGAGCGCCGCGAGUUAGAGUUAGACUGGUGCCAAAGGCAGAUGACUCAACGCGCAUUGGCGUUCUGCCAAUGUUAUUGGAAACGGUGAUAGAAUGCCCGCUUUUGACAGAAAGAUGAAACAUUUUUGUGCGCGUUUUGAUUCAGAAAGAUAAGUGCCCGGAAUGCGGCGUCAUCGAGAUAGCUCCCGGAUCCGAUUUUCAGUGUUUGGGUGGAGUGGAAAGAAUGACAACGCUUGAUGUUUCAGACCACCGCCACCGUUGUUCAAUACGUUCUUGAAUCAACCCGAAAGGAUGGAAAGGACAAGCAGCCGACCCUCCGCACCGUGGGAGUCGGAUAUGACAAGACCCUCGGAGGACUCGAAAUCACCAACCGGCUGAGAGACUAUCUUGAGAAGGUACAUCGUAGAUUUGGAAGACAAAGUUUCGUGUAUCGGGACAUUUCAGGUGUUCCGUGAUACUGUCAGUACUUCGAAGGACAUCUCCACCAAUGCUCGUGCCAUCGGAAAGCUGCACAAGGAAGCGGAACGUGUGAAACAGGUUCUUUCGGCUAACAAGGACACUUAUGCGCAAGUCGAGGGUCUUUUCGAGGAGCAGAAUUUCAGAGCAAAAGUAGAGAAAAGCAUGUUUUGUAUCAGAUUUCAAAUUAAAAUAAUUGAAGGUCACAAGAGACGAUCUUGAAAAAUUGAUUGAAGACCUUGAACCACGAAUUGCCGCUCCAAUUCUUGAUGCCAUCGGGAUGUCCCAAGUGAAAGUUGAAGACAUUGAUUUGGUUGUGCUCAUGGGAGCUGGUACCCGUGUACCAAAAGUGAAAGACACGCUCAAGGACAUUUUGAAAGGAAAAGUAGGCUCCGUUCAAUUAUCCACCCAUAUAAAUCAUAAUUUGUUCAGGAAAUCAGUAACUUCUUGAACACCGACGAAGCCAUCGCCAUGGGAGCUGUCUACCAGGCCGCCCACUUGUCCAAGUCAUUCAAGGUUCUGCCGUUCAACAUCCACGAGAAGAUCCUCUACCCAGUUUUUGUUAAUUUCCUUACGAAAACCGAGGAAGGAGAACUGAAGCCAGUGAGACGGUCGCUUUUCGGAGAGAACUACCCAGUUCCGAACCGUGUCAUGCACUUCUCGUCGUAUACCGAUGACUUUAAGGUAAAUUUAGAAUUUUCGGGGCUUCUCACAAACUUCUAUGCUUCAGAUCGAUGUCCAAGACGCCGAUAAGAACCCAUUGUCGACAAUUGAAAUCUCAGGUGUAAAGGAUGCUAUUGAGAAGGAAGUGACCGAUGAGAACUCGGUUCUCAAGGGAGUCAAAACCACAUUCUCCAUCGAUUUGUCUGGAAUCGUGUCCGUUGAGAAAGCCAGCGUUGUUGUGGAGAAGAUCCCAACCACGGAGGAGAAAGAGAAGUACGAGAGCGACAAGAAGGAGUUCGAAGAUUGGGAGAAAGAGCAAGAAGAGCUGAAAAAGAAGGAGAAGGCCGAGAAGAAGGAAAAGGAAGAGCAGAAGAAGGCCGAAGGAGAGAAGAAAGAUGAGGAAACUGCUGAAGAAAAGACCGAGGAGACUGAUAAGCCAGUCAAGGUCAAGAAAACGAAGCCAGUUGAGCCCAAGGUCAAGAAGGUCAACGUAGCUUUGACCGUUGUGGAGACCAAAACCGACAACGUUGAUCUCAACGAGGAGCAGGUCACUGCCGCUAAGAAAAUGUACGUUUCCUGGUUUCACAUGCAGUGUUCAUUAUAAUUUUUCAGUUUGGGAGAUUUCGAACAGACAGAGAAGGCAAAGCACGAUCGUGAAGAGGCCAUGAACAGUUUGGAGGGUCUUUUGUACGAUUUGGCGGUCCGAUUGGAAGAUGGCGAGGAGUACGCCGAGUACGUCACUGAAGAGGAGAAAAAGGCGAUUCUCGAUGAAGUUGCUGUCCUGAAACUCUGGUUCGAUGACGAUGUAUCGCUGGAAACCAAGAAGGAGGAGUUCGACGAAAGGCGUCUGAAGCUGGAGGAGCUGACCGCGAAGCCAAACGCCAGAAAACAGGAGCGACUCGAUGUUCCUAAAGUAGCCGAGGUCCUUGAGGACCACUUUAAUCGAUCAAUGACUUUCCAUGCUAUGGCUCUGAACUUGACCCAAUUCGAAGAGGGAAACAAGACGUUCACGGACACCGAGCUCGAAGUUCUCACCAAACUAAUCGAAAGCACGACGGAGUGGUGGUCGGAGAAGAAGGAAGUCUUUGAGAAGCAAGCCAAGAACGAGGACCCAGCUGUGAAGGCGUCUGAAGUUGCGGAAAAGGCCCGCGAUCUGGAGCGUGAAGUCCGUUACCUCGUGAACAAGCUCAAGAUUGCCAGUUCCAAAAAGAGCAAGGAUUCCGAGAAAAAGAAAUCGAAGAAGGAGAAGGGAACUCCGAAAGAAGAGGAAGGAAAGGCCGAGGAGACUGCACCGGAAGAGUCGAAUGAAGAAUCACAGGUAUCUGCUCAUCUUCCUUUCCUCCCCGUCCAUCCCCAAGAUUUUUGAGAGUUGAAAUUCAGGUAGAUGUUCGGGCCUCAAUUAACAGUUAGCAAUAUUGCUGAUAGUACGAGGCGGAUGUUUUUGUUUUUUCCCGGAUGACCGUUCGAAUUACUCAUUAUAAAGUUCCCCUUUCUUAAAAAUAAAAUUAUUUUCAGACGCCGCCACCGAAUGAGUCAGAGACCAAAGAGGAGGCAAGGAAAGAGACGGAACACGACGCGUCGGAGCUGUAA